CCGGAGAGAGGGAUUGGGAUCCAGAGAGGGAAGGAAGGAAGAAGAGAGAAAGAGGGAGGGAUAGAUAAACAGGUGGUCUGAAAACACAGACAACAAUGUCGUCCGGCGGGGAGAAGCGGGACGACAUUUAGUCCUCAUUUUCCCUGACAGGAAUACCGGGAUAACCUCGGGCAACAACAACAAAACCCCCUCCAUGCUCCCGUGUGCUUCCCACUCGGAUUUGUCCUCCUCGUCUCGGCUUUGCUCCGAACCUGGGGAAGUCCUCGGAGCCUGAGCCAUGAAAGUGACGGUGUGCUUCGGCAGGACCCGGGUGGUGGUUCCGUGCGGGGACGGGAACAUUAAAGUCCACGCACUCAUCCAGCAGGCUGUCAUGCGGUACAAGAAGGCUAUCGCCAAGGACGCAAACUACUGGCUGCAGGUCCACCGACUGGAGCACGGCGACGGCGGGAUCCUCGACCUGGACGACGUGCUUUGUGACGUGGCUGACGACAAAGACAGACUGAUCGCCGUCUACGACGAGCAGGAGCCCCAUCAUGGUGGCGACGGCACCAGCGCCAGCUCCACCGGGACGCAGAGCCCUGACCUGUUCGCCGCAGACCUCGGCGCCGGCAGCGUCGCCUCGGCGUUCCAGCCCUACCAGAACGCCAGUGAGAUCGAAGUCACGCCUUCGGCCCUGCGCGCCAAUAUGCCUCUCCACGUCCGGCGCAGCAGUGACCCCGCCCUGAUCACCAUCAACGGGCCAUUCAGCGCCUCGGAGUUGCGGGUCCAAACCGAAGAGCCUCCAUCCAGGAAGAACCCGACUCGCUGGUCCACCACUGCCGGCUUCCUGAAGGCUCGCCAUUCCUCGGGCACAAACAGCCUAGAGAGGAAGAGCAAAGGUUUGGACACGUACCGCAGCCUGCCGAGGGACGCAGGGACCUGGUCCAAUCAGAGAGAGUUUCAGAGAGACACGGCCAGGUCGUCGCUCAGCGCCAACCACCCCAUGGUGGACCGCUGGCUGGAAAAACAAGAGCAGGAGGAGGAGAGCAGGGAGGAUGAGAACGGGCGAAUCGAGCCGGUGGGCCGAGCCGACUCCUGCAUGGAGCACACCCCUGUCAGAUCUCUGGAAGCACAGAACAUGUUCCGCCAGGCCAUGCGUUCCCCGGUGAUCAUGUUCCACGUGGUGCCGUCGUCCAUGAAGGCCCACUACGAGCAGCUAUCGCACACCGAGAGGAACCCCUCGUUUUCCUCGGGACGCUUCAGCCCAGACUCGCUGUCCGGCAUCGAUCACAACCCACAGAGGAUAAACCGCCACGGAUCCCAAACGCAGACCCACCCGGACCCAAACAACGGCUACCCACAUCUGACCCACCCUGCCGUUACGGCAGCCAAACCUCCCACAGGCCACACCCACUCACCUCAGAGGGGGCUGAACUCGACGCCCACGCCGGGGUAUACCAAAAAAGUGGGGAGGCGGUUUAACAUUCAACUCAAGAAAGGCCCUGAAGGACUCGGCUUCAGCAUAACGUCGCGUGACGUCCCCAUCGGCGGCUCCGCUCCGAUCUACGUCAAGAACAUUCUCCCCCGGGGGGCCGCCAUCCAAGAUGGCUGCCUUAAGGCAGGAGACCGGCUGCUGGAGGUGAACGGCGUGGACCUGAACGGCCGGACGCAGGAGGAGGUCGUCUCGUUGCUCAGGAACACUCCGAUGGGCGGCGCGGUGGGGUUGCUGGUUCUACGCCAGGAAGACUCUUUCCCACCCCGAGAAGUCAGCGCUGAACCCCAGAAGCAAUCCCACAGAGACCUGAAAACAGAGGAGGAUGAACUGGUCCUGACUCCCGAUGGGACCAGAGAGUUCCUGACCUUCGAGAUCCCGCUCAGCGACUCGGGUUCUGCAGGUUUGGGCGUCAGCGUGAAAGGCAACCGCUCCAAGGAAAACCACGCAGAUCUCGGCAUAUUUGUCAAGUCAAUCAUAAACGGUGGAGCAGCCUGCAAGGAUGGACGACUGAGGGUGAACGACCAGCUGAUUGCGGUGAACGGCGAAUCGCUGUUGGGGAAAACCAACCAAGACGCCAUGGAGACGCUGAGGAAGUCGAUGUCAACAGAAGGCAACAAGCGCGGGAUGAUCCAGCUGAUUGUGGCCCGACGAGUGGCCAAGAGAAACGAGGAUUCUUCAGGAAACCCGUUGGGAUCCCAGCAGACCGUAAACACCAGUCUGGACGAUCACGAGCGCAGAAUCUCCCACUCCCUCUACGGUGGCCUGGAAGGCCUCGAUGAUGACUUGAUGCCACGUCAAGGAAUGAUUCCACGUACGAUAGGAAACUAUCAGCUCUCUCCGACCGUCAACAUGCCGCAGGACGACACCGUGAUCAUCGAGGACGACCGCCCGCCGCUCCUGCCGUCCAACAUGUCCGACCAGUCCUCGUCCAGUUCCCAUGACGAUGUGGGCUUCGUGGCUGAUGUGACUCCACCGUGGGCCAAAGAGCUGCCUGCUCAUAACGAAAGCGCUCUGAGUCCAGAUGAAAACAAUCCGGACGUCUCGUUCCAAAGGGAAGGUUUCGGACGCCAGAGCAUGUCGGAGAAACGCACCAAGCAGUUCGGAGACGCCGCUCAGCUCGAGAUCAUCAAGACACGCAAGUCCAAGAGCAUGGAUCUAGUAGCCGACGAGAUUAACCUCACUCCUCGCCCCGACACCGACGCAGGUUCUUCCACUAAGGACGUUGGACCUUCACUGGGCCUCAAGAAGUCCAGCUCUCUAGAGAGCCUCCAGACGGCGGUAGCAGAGGUCACCCUGAACGGUGACCUCCCGUUCCACCGGCCGCGCCCUCGCAUCAUCAGGGGGCGGGGCUGCAACGAGAGCUUCCGGGCCGCCAUCGACAAAUCCUACGACCGGCCAGCCGCCUUGGAGGACGACGACGAGGGCAUGGAGACUUUGGAGGAAGACACGGAGGAGAGUUCCCGAUCUGGGAGAGACUCUGUCUCCACCAUGGCGGACCAGACGCCGCUGUCCGCCGGCCCCGAAAAGCCUCUGGUCAACGGCACCAACCGCACCAAGGAGGAGAAGAAGAAGGACAAAGACAAACCAGGGAAGGAGAAGAAGAAACAAGAUGGAGGGAAGGAAAAGGAUAAAGAGAAGGGAAAACCAAAGAAGGGAAUGUUGAAGGGACUUGGAGACAUGUUCAGGUUUGGGAAAUACCGAAAAGAUGAGCGGCCAGCGGAGAAGAUGGACCGGAAAGGAUCGAGCAAGUGGAGGACCGAGGAGACUCAGGUUUCUGAUGAGGAAACGAUGAAGAUGAGGAUGGAGCAAGAGAGGAUUCAAGCCAAGACGAGGGAGCUGAGGGAACGCCAAGCCCGGGAACGGGACUACGCGGAGAUCUUGGACGUCAGCCGCCCGUUGGAUAGAUCCUCUGAGGAGGAUCACACCUACUCCGGCGUGAACCCUCUGAACAUGGACAGCAGUCACAGCCGGGCUCACAGCCCCCGUGACGAAUAUUCCCACGUUCAUCACCAGCACCAGCACUCUGACUCUCUCUACUCGCCGGUCAGCCGGGCCCGAAAUGACCGGCCUCCAUCCACAGACAGCAACCGGCUAACUCCUAGCAACCACGACCGGAUACAGAGGCUGCGGCAGGAGUUCCAGCAGGCCCAGAACGUUCCCGACGACCCGGACGAUCGCAGGAGGACCUACAGCUUCGAGCAGUCCUGGUCCAACUCCAGCAGCAACGGUCCGGGCGGGUACAGCCAGCCGGGCCGGCACUCGGUGUCGGUGGAGGUCCAGAUGCAGAGGCAGAGGCAGGAGGAGAGGGACUCGUUCGCCCAGGCGCAGCGGCAGUACAGCUCUCUCCCCCGACAACCCAGGAAGAAUCCCAGCACCGUCUCCCAGGACUCCUGGGACAAGGCGUACCCACCUGGAGACGUCUUCCAGACGGCCAAAGACAACCCCCGGUACUCCAGCUACCAGGGCUCCCGGAACGGCUACCAGGGUGGCGGCGGCGGGACAGGAGUGAACGCUAGAGUCCUGCUGGAGGCCCAAGAGCUGCUGCGGCAGGAGCAGAGGCGCAGGGAGCAGGAAGCCAAAGGAAAAAUGCUGCAGGAAGGCAGCAGGACCAGCGCCUACGAGGGGUACAUCCCCCACCUGAAGGAGCCGGGGUCGCCGAAGGGCCCGUACCGACACGACGUCCCGCCUUCGCCGUCGCAGCUAGCUCGGCUCAACAGACUGGGGUCAGAAAAGGGAAGACUUUUUUAUUCCUGAGGGGGAAAAAAAAUUAGCAAAUUAGCAUCCGAACAUAGACAACGGACUUCUUGGCCUUCUUAUAGCUUAGCGACUAUCUUAAAGGCAAGUGGGUGUUUGAUGACCCGCACCAACUAUCAGUCACUCACCAACAACCAACAGACGCCCCAGUGCCUUGUCCACCCUCGUCGCCGUCACGGACCGACAAUCAGGCAGAGGAGUGGGCGCGCGCGCGCACGGACGACGCGUUCCAACUGCCGUUUUUCAGUUAGCUUCAGAAAGCUAACUGCUCUGAAGGAGAGAGCGAUUCAGCUGCCAUUUUUCAGUUAGCUUCAGAAAGCUAACUGCUCUGACGGAGAGAGUGAUCCAAGUGCCGUUUUUCAGUUAGCUUCAGAAAGCUAACUGCUCUGAAGGAGAGAGCGAUUCAGCUGCCAUUUUUCAGUUAGCUUCAGAAAGCUAACUGCUCUGAAGGAGAGAGCGAUUCAGCUGCCAUUUUUCAGUUAGCUUCAGAAAGCUAACUGCUCUGACGGAGAGAGUGAUCCAAGUGCCGUUUUUCAGUUAGCUUCAGAAAGCUAACUGCUCUGAAGGAGAGAGCGAUUCAGCUGCCAUUUUUCAGUUAGCUUCAGAAAGCUAAAUGCUCUGAAGGAGAAGACGAUCCAACUGCCGUUUUUCAGUUAGCUUCAGAAAGCUAAAUGCUCUGAAGGAGAGGACGAUCCAACUGCCGUUUUUCAGUUAGCUUCAGAAAGCUAACUGCUCUGAAGGAGAGGGCGAUUCAGCUGCCAUUUUUCAGUUAGCUUCAGAAAGCUAACUGCUCUGAAGGAAAGGACGAUCCAGCUGCCAUAUUUUAGCUAGUUAUCCGAAGCUAACUUAAAAACAGCAGUUGGAACGUUCUUUCCUUUAUAGCAGUUAGCUUUCUGAAGCAGUUAGAAAGAGCUUUCUUAUUGCCAACUUAUAUGCCAGCUUUAUAGAGCUAACUGAAAAACAGUUAACUUAAAGGACUUAGCUUUGGAAGGCUAACUGCUCUGAAGGAAAUAGCGUUCCAACUGCCAUUUGUUCUGUUAGCUUCGGAAAGCUAACUGCUAUGAAGGAAUGAAAACAGGCCAGAGAGAAAGAGUGGGUGUGCGUGCGUGUGUGUGUGUUAUUAAUAAAAGCCCUCCUCAUAAAUGAUUCAUAGUGUGUGUUAUCUCCUUGGAGGAGAGUCAGGCAGAGAGGGUAGGCAUCUCUGAUCCUCUAGCCUGGCCCCUCAGCGCGGCGCUGGGCUCCGCUCGCCCGCCUCCCUGCCUGUCUGUCGGAGCUCCAUCUUCUCCUUUCAUUCUUCCUCUCUCUGUUCAUUACGCUCCUUUCUUCUACCUCAACACCUCCAUAUUUAUCCCCCCGCCUCCCUUCCUCCUCCUCUCUCCCGAGUCGGCGCUCUGCACUGAAUUUUUCAUCAGAAGCCACCUGCUGCCUGCCGGAGCCAGAGAAACGGCGCCACCAGAGGCUCCGACAGAGGGCCCGGCUUCUGACACGACGAGCCGAAUAAAGGGAGGCAGAAUAAAGAUCGGCGGGGAAACAAUGCCGCUCCCAGUGUGAAAUUAGCAGCAGCCCCUUUAUGCUGGUUUUUAACAAAAGGCAAAAUUGUCCUCCGGAGUUAAUUGCUCCAAAUUGCCAUAAUUGCUUUUUGUGGGUUUUUUUUGUUGUUUUUUUAUACCUUUUUAAGCAUUUAGCAGACACUCUUCGCUGCAGUGAUUUUAAAUAGAGGCAGCAGGUGGGUGUGUGGGGGGGAACAUCCUGCUUUUAAAAACAGCAGUCGAUAAAUGAACCAAAUGCUGCUGGAUUACAAAGAGCAGGUUGGAAAACAGCAGGAAGCGCGUAAAAAACAGUUUCUUCAUGCAGAUGGGUUCAAGUUGUGAGUUUGAUUCUGUAAAGGCAACAAUGGAGGUUAAUACAGUCGCAUUUAUGGCUCUCAGCUGGGAAAGUAAAUUUAGAAAGUAUGUACACCCCUUAAAGAUAAUUUUGUACUUUGAGGGGUGGCAAAAGCAAAUGAGGUGGAUUAGCACCUGAUGGAAUAUCUACUCUACUGCCCAUAAAUUGAGCUGUAAGCAUGUAAUUAAACAAACAUGAUCAUAAAACAUGGUGGGCCUGACAUUACUCUGAACUGUAAAAACUUAAAAUGUCAAUUGGUAAAAAAAAUAAUAAUUCAUAUUUUCCAAAAAUAUAAACUUUUCCUAAACAGCAAAUUUGAUUAAUCAAUAAAUGAGCUAGGUUUUUGCUUAGCGCAUUUUGCUAACUUUGAAAAUGUUUAGCGCACUUAGCUUCCCCUAAAUACAUUUUUCUCAAGAAAGCUCAAAUUUAAUUUACUGUUUUAUAAACUUUAAUUUGAAUAAAGUUCAGCAUCUGUGUUGAACUUUUAUUGUCAAAUUAGUUACAAAUUAUUCAACUAGUUAAAUGUUGAUAGUCAUGCUCUUAUUUUGAAGAGGGUGACGACUGUUUACCCAGCAGUUCCAUUUCCUGUUCUCACUUCUGUUUUUUUAACAAAAUAAAAUGAACAGAAUAAGAUAUUAAAUUUGUUCUCAAGGGUAGAUAUCAUUUGAAUUGAGGUUAGCGUGUUAGCAUUAGCUUCUGCUAAAUAUUGUGUUGCUUAGCAGAACUAAUAUUUACAGUUAGUGCUUUAGCGUUAGCUCGACCAAUUUUAUGGCUAGCGAUGUCCGCCACUACUUAGUUUUGUGAUGCAACAAAUUUAACUCAUUUCAUAAUUUUUCCCAACUUUACACUUCAAAACUCAAAAUACUACCAAGUAUUUUUAGUAGGUUUCUAGUGCAAAUAUCUUAGUACACUUGAAAUAAGACACCUUUUCAGCAAGAAAAGGGAGUUUGUUUUAAGUAAAUAAUUCUUGUAUUUAGAUAAACUACUACUUUAUAACGAGGCAUUUUUCCUGCUUUAGUGAAAAAUCUGCCAAUGAAACUAGUACUUUUUGCAUCUACAUUCAUGAAUUAUUGACUUAAAUCUUAUUUAUCUUG